GACACACGCAUGUUUUGGUUUCCUCUCUCACCCAGGCCUAAACAGAACGUAAAAAAAAAAAUCCCUGCAUUCCGGUGGAAAAUGGCACGAGUAUUGCGAAGGCUCGUCGAUAAGCUGCAGGAGAGUUUGAUGGUGCUAGAGCAUAAUUUCCUCGGUGGAAACCAGUUUCCCCCCGGCGGAUUGGCAUUGGCCGGUAUCGAAGGACCCCCAGUACAGCGCCCGCAAAGUGGUUCCUUCUCGGUAAGAGAUUUCCUCGGUGAUGGCAUUUUAUGGGCGGUGCCAAAGCACAGACGUACGGUGGAGAAGCGGCACAAGCGCAAGUACGGUUCACCCGAGUACAAACUGAAAAUACUGACCCCCAAAUCGCAUCUACGGUCCUGUGCGACGUGCGGUAGCGAUCAUGAGGUCGGAGUGCUUUGUCCGACCUGCUACCGGCAAGUGCGCACCGAAACCGAGCAGAUGCAGGAGAAAAUUCAGCAAGAGCUUCAGCUGGACCCGGUGGACCGAGAAGUGGUGGUCCUGUAUGCCAGCGAAAAGGACGAACAACCGGGCGAGUUUUGGCAGGGCAAGCGUAUUGUCGAGAUGGAGAAGCCGCGCCCGCUGUGGUUCAGCAGAAACAUGCUACAGAAGGCGACACAGACGACUGACCCGGAUGCUGUGAAGCCGGGUGCCGAUAAAUUGGGCUAAAUGCGGCGUGGGGGGGGGGAGGGGCUCAUUAAAGUAACAUCAAGACAUUGUCAGCAAGAACCGGUAGUCAUGAAUGCAAUCACUUAUUAGACAAACGUGUA